AUGAAAACCAGAUAUACCGGGCAUGGAACAUAUGACAAUGGCUGGAACCGGGCAGCACCCUGGAGCGUCUAUUUCUGUGGUUACUUUGAUAGCCAGGCGACUUGGAAGACGUUUCUCAGCAAAGACCGCAAGUCAGACGAGAUCAUGAUGUUCGGAAGCGACAAUGCCACGAUCACAUCCUCCGAGGGGCGGCUUGGUGCCAUCUUUGCUUUCGAUGGCACCGACAUCACUUCUCGAGUUGGAGUGUCUUUCAUAUCUACACAGCAAGCUUGUGAAAAUGUCGACCGCGAGAUACCAAGUGGCACAAGUCUUGAGACAUUGAGAAACAACACGCGAGACGUAUGGAACACCGAGAUUCUGGGCAAGGUGACGUCUACCGACAAAGACGAACGGAAACUGAAUCAGCUCUACACGGCCCUCUAUUUUAUGCAUCUUUUGCCCCAGAAUAAGACGGGCGAGAACCCGCUAUGGAAAUCCGAAGAACCUUAUUACGACGACAUUUUUACCUUUUGGGAUACGUUUCGUUGUACAACCUCUCUCAUGCACAUCAUCCAUCCUACCGCCUACGAAGAGUUUAUCCGGUCUCUCAUCGAUAUAUUCCGCUUCGAGGGCUACGUGUCUGAUGCACGCUCCUCAUUCUGGAACGGUGCAGUGCAAGCCGGAUCUAAUAGCGAUAACGUGCUGGCCGAUGCCUACGUAAAGGGUGUCAGGGGCAAGGUCAACUGGGAAGACGGCUUUGCGGCUAUGGUGAAAAACGCCGAAGUGACCCCUGACAACAACGACGAUCCUCGAGACCCUUUUGGCUCGACAAAAGAAGGUCGGGGCGCGCUACCCGACUGGCUAGAGCGUGGAUACAUCACCCCGAGGUUCACUCGUUCACUGACGCGUGCCGUCGAGUACUCAGUCAAUGACUUUGCUCUACACCAAGUUGCCGCUGGACUAGGCAAGAUGGAAGAGGCGGAGAAAUAUCUCAACCGCUCCCGCAACUGGCGCAAUCAAUGGAAUCCUAAUCUCGAGGCACUGGGCUUUCGUGGGUUCCUGGGUCCGCGUGACGAGAACAGCGGCGCAUGGCUCCAUCACGACCCUCUGGACUGCGGCGGCUGCUACUGGGGAGAUCUGCUCUAUCAAGGCCUCUCCUGGGAGUAUUCGUUCAACGCACAUCACGAUUUGUCCCACCUCAUUGAUCUCGCAGGCGGAAACGACACGUUCCGCGACCGCCUCGACAUGACGUUCGAGCCGGGUCAGUACGCAGGCAACGACCAAUUUGGGCACACCAUAUUUAAUCCUGGCAACGAACCAAGCUUCGGCACCCCCUAUCUGUACAACUUUGCGGGCAGGUCGGACCUGUCCAUCGAAAGGAGCCGUUUCAUCGCCCGCAAGUACUUCAAGCCCACUCCCGACGGUCUGCCCGGAAAUUCAGAUGCGGGCGCAAUGGAGUCGUGGCUUCUUUGGAGUAUGCUGGGCAUGUACCCUUUGACCGGCCAGACCACGUUCCUCAUUGUCGCCCCCUGGUUCUCCGAUCUCACCAUCCAUCUCGGCGAGGGCAAGACGCUGCAAAUCAUAGCGACGGGUGUUGAUGAGGCGAACAAAUCUUGGCACGUUCAAUCCCUCAAAGUCAACGGAAAACCAUGGACCCGCAGCUGGGUCACAUGGGGUGACGUCUUUGCCGAAGGGGGCACGAUGGAGUUCGAGCUCGGCCGCGAAGCGAAAGAAUGGGCGACUGGCCCUCUACCACCCACGCCCGCAAGUGAAGGAUACAGGCCCCUGCCGCCUGUAGAGUUUCCAGACAAACAUGUCGGACAAGGUCCACUACCACCACCAUCGAGCGAGGGACAGGACGACACGGAGCUCAGGGCCAUAUACAUCGCCAUCGGUGCUAGCGUAACCGGCCUGACAAUUUUGAGUGGUAUCGUUCUUCUUGGCAUGUGGCUUCUUGCUCGCAGGAAGAAGCAUACCGCCCAGACGAUGGGAAGUUUUGUCGAUGACGUCCUGGGGACAGCUUCCCGCCCGCGGGUGAUCGAGCGACUUUUCCAGCAGCGACCUCUUUUACAGCAAGGAGAGCAAGAGCUCAGUGAACGGUCGAGCACCGGAUCGUCAUCACCAGAGCCAGGCGAGCCCUACAGAGAUGUGGUACGCGAGUAG